GAGUCCGCCGAGCCGUCACCGCCCCCAACCCCCCUAAAAAGAUCAAAUCCUCGAGUUCACAGGCACAGGCAGUAAUGUAAAAACUUAGCCAGCACUGACUUUCCCCUGUACCUCCUCUUACAUUAUGUUCUCUUACCUAAUAUUACGCCAACGAUAUCGGAUGCUACGUACGCCAAGCACCAACUCCCAUAGCACUGUUCAAUCGAGGAUAAAUUGAAUGAAAGGUUCGAGUGCUAGUGGUUGUCUUGUGGUGAGGGCUUUCUGUACACAGUCGGUAAUCAUGCAACUUGUGUUUUGGGUAGGGAUAAUGUUACUUUUCGUCUCCAGUAUAGAAGGAACACCACAAAUGUACCAAAGACAAGCUAAACUACGAGAGCAGCUAAAGGUUUAUGAAAUCGUGACACCCACUCGAGUGACUGAGUUUGGGGAAGCUUUCCCAGAUACGAUGCAUUUUAGGAGGAGAAAACGAAGCAUUGACACCGACCAUUGGGCCUUCACAACCCACUACAGAAUUAGUGCAUUUGGGCAAUUUUUUCAUCUCAAUUUAACUGCCGAUUCUGGAUUUAUUGCACCGAUAUUUACCGUUAUACACCUUGGAAUACAAGCUAAUCUCACAGAGUUUCACGAAGAGGACACUGACACGAAACACUGCUACUACACAGGACAGGUCAAUGCUAAACCGAAGCACACAGCUGUCAUCAGCCUCUGUGCAGGACUUCUUGGCACCUUCAGGUCUAAUGAUGGAGAGUAUUUUGUUGAACCUCUUGUUCUGCCCAAUGGGGAAGAGUAUGAUGAAGAGCACAAUAAACCACAUCUUGUGUAUAAACAAGAUGCACUGAAGACUCAAGCGACAAGGGAGGCCACAAAUAUUUGCGGCAACUCAGGCCAUAAGUAUAACCAAAACAAAAACAAAAGGAAAUGGCAUAAAGGACUAUCCAGCAAUAUUUUGUCUGAUCUGGAUAACUUCAAGAGCAGUAUUGCAUUAUCCAAUUUAGCCAUCAUGGAUAACAGUACCACCAGAACAAAAAGUCAGAAAAGAACAAAACGUUUUUUGUCUUACCCUCGGUACGUUGAAGUUAUGGUUGUUGCUGACAGUAGAAUGGUCGAACAUCACGGAGCGAAUCUUCAACAUUAUGUUCUCACUUUAAUGUCCAUUGUGGCUACCAUCUAUAAAGAUCCAAGUAUUGGAAAUCUUAUCAAUAUUGUGGUUGUGAAACUAAUUAUUAUAAAUAGUGAGCAGGAUGGUCCAUCUAUAUCAUUUAGUGCUCAAACAACAUUAAAAAACUUCUGUAUAUGGCAACAAAAACAGAAUAAUCCAGAUGAAAACCAUCAUUCUCACCAUGAUACAGCUGUACUUAUCACAAGGCAGGACAUUUGCAGAGCUCGUGAUAAAUGUGACACUUUGGGCUUGGCUGAACUUGGUACCGUAUGUGAUCCUUACCGAAGUUGCUCCAUUAGUGAAGAUAACGGAUUAAGUACAGCUUUCACAAUAGCUCAUGAGCUUGGGCAUGUGUUUAAUAUGCCUCAUGAUGACAGCAAUAAGUGCAAAGAAGACGGUGGCAAAAAUCAGCAGCAUGUUAUGGCCCCUACAUUGAAUUAUUAUACCAAUCCCUGGAUGUGGUCAAAAUGUAGCAGAAGAUACGUUACUAAUUUUUUAGACACAGGAUAUGGUGAAUGUUUACUUGAUGAGCCUGUGACAAGAACAUACACACUCCCGCAUCAGCUCCCUGGUCAGAUUUAUAAUGUUGACAAACAGUGUGAAUUGAUUUUUGGAUCUGGUUCUCAGGUGUGUCCCUAUAUGACACAAUGCAGACGUCUUUGGUGUACAAGCAUUGAAGGAGUUCAGAGAGGCUGUAGAACUCAACAUAUGCCAUGGGCGGAUGGGACAGAAUGUGAACCUGGAAAGCAUUGCAAACAUGGUGUUUGCAUUGCAAAGGAUCCUAUUGAAACCUCUGUGGUAGAUGGGAGUUGGGGACCUUGGAGUCCAUUUGGGUCCUGCUCUAGAAGCUGCGGAGGUGGCAUUAAAAAUGCGGUUCGAGAAUGCAACAAACCAGAGCCAAGAAAUGGAGGAAAAUACUGCGUUGGUCGAAGAAUGAAAUUUCGAUCAUGCAACACCGAACAUUGUCCAAAGCAAGAGAGAGACUUCAGAGGAGAACAGUGCGCACAGUUUGACGGAAGACACUUCAAUAUCAAUGGCUUACCUCCAAAUGUGCGUUGGGUUCCUAAAUACAGUGGAAUUUUGAUGAAAGACCGUUGCAAGUUAUUCUGCAGAGUAGCUGGAACUACAGUCUACUAUCAGCUCAGGGACAGAGUUAUUGAUGGCACACUUUGUGGGCCAGAAACCAACGAUGUUUGUGUACAAGGACUUUGCCGGCAAGCUGGAUGUGACCAUGUGUUAAAUUCAAAAGCACGUAGAGAUAAAUGUGGUGUUUGUGGUGGUGAUAAUUCUUCAUGUAAAACUUUAGCAGGCACCUUUAAUAGUGUUCACUAUGGAUAUAAUGUAGUUGUACGAAUACCAAUUGGUGCUACAAAUAUUGAUGUGCGUCAGCACAGCUAUUCAGGGAAACCAGAAGAUGAUAAUUAUCUUGCUUUGGCUAACAGUCAAGAAGAAUUCCUUUUAAAUGGAGAUUUUGUGGUCAGCAUGUUUAAAAGGGAAAUUAAAGUUAGAGGAGCUGUAAUUGAGUAUAGUGGCUCUGAUAAUGGAGUGGAAAGAAUCAACUGUACUGAUCGGAUUGAGGAAGAACUGAUAGUUCAGGUUUUGUCUGUGGGAAAUCUAUACAAUCCUGAUGUGCGUUACUCAUUCAACAUUCCCAUUGAAGAUAAAGUACAACGAUUUUUUUGGGAUCAGUUUGGUCCUUGGCAAGAUUGCAACAGACUUUGUCAAGGCGAAAGGAAGAGAAAACCUAUUUGUACCAGAGAAAGUGAUCGGCUCGUAGUGUCUGAUCAGAGAUGUGAUCAAAUUCCACAGCCAGCUCCAUUAACUGAAUCCUGCAACACAGACUGUGAAAUACGAUGGCAUGUUGCCAGAAAAAGUGAAUGCACAGCCCAAUGUGGACCUGGCUAUCGAACUUUGGAUAUUUACUGUGCAAAAUAUAGUAGAUCGGAAGGAAAGACUGAAAAAAUAGAUGAAACAUACUGCAGCUAUCAACCAAAGCCAGAUAAUAAGGAAGUGUGUCAUGGAGAUUGCAAUGUAGGAGGGUGGCAAUAUUCAUCUUGGUCAGAGUGUUCAAAGAGUUGUGGCGGUGGUUCAAGAAGGCGGAAUGCUGUUUGUGUCAAUUCUAUGGGGACUGUUCUCGGAGACAGUAAAUGCAGUCAACAAGAAAAGAUAACUGUCCAGCGAUGCAAUGAAUAUUCAUGUCCUGUAUGGAAAACAGGUGAAUGGUCAGAGUGCUUAGUGACCUGUGGAAAGGGAUACAAGCAUCGUCAAACAUGGUGUCAAGUUGGAGAAAAGCAAUUAGAUAAUGGAUUUUGUAACUCCGCAACUAAACCAGCAUCAGCUCAAGCAUGUCAACAGCAAGAGUGCGCAGCAUGGCAAGUUGGUCCGUGGGGGCAGUGCACAGCGACAUGUGGGACUGGCUAUCAAAUGCGAGCAGUAAGAUGCAUUGCAGGCUCGUAUGGCACUGUGGUCAAUGAUAAUGAAUGUAAUGCUGCCACCAGGCCUACAGAUACUCAGGACUGUGAUUUAGCUUCAUGCCCUGAUAUGCAUCCAGGAAGAAGAGAAGAGAGAAUCCCCAAUCAUAUGACCUACAGAACUGAAUGGAGAUUUGGAUCCUGGACACCAUGUUCUGCCACCUGUGGGAAAGGUACUAAGGAACGCUAUGUUAGCUGCCGCGAUCUCCAAGGUGGAGUGGCUGAUGAAUCAGCUUGCUCACAUCUGUCAAAGCCACCAUCUAGAGAAGAGUGUAUUGUCAUCCCAUGUGGACGCUGGAAGACUCAUGAGUGGACUCAGUGUUCUGUGACCUGUGGCCAAGGUAAAGCAACACGUCAUGUGAGUUGCAUGAAUUACAAGAAUCAGAUUGUAAGCGAGAGUGAGUGUGAUCUUGAUGAUCAGCCACUAACUGAGCAAGAUUGUGCCAUGCCAAGUUGCAGUCCACGACGUCAUGGAUAUGAUAGAUCUGGACAGAAUGAUCAUUUAUUUCCUCGGGUUAAGAUCCUACCAACCCAUGAUGAUUCAGAUCGCACCUCGCUACCUGGAGGCAGUCAGUGGAGAACUGGACCUUGGGGAGCAUGUUCUAGUACAUGUGCUGGAGGAUUCCAAAGGCGUGUUGUGGUUUGCCAAGAUGAAGAUGGAUAUGAUACCAACUACUGCACAGAACAGGCUAAGCCUGUUGAAAUGAGGUCCUGUGAAUCUGGUCCUUGUCCUCAGUGGGUUUAUGGCAACUGGGGAGAGUGCACCCAGCUCUGUGGUGGUGGAGCAAGAACAAGACUAGUUAUUUGUCAGCUUCCAAAUGGCCAAAGGUUAAGUGACCAGAACUGUGAAAUUCUUGACAAACCUCCUGAUCGUGAACAAUGCAAUACUCGAGCUUGCCCUACAAGUGAUGUCUGGCACAGAGGUCGUUGGAGCUCGUGCUCCAUUUCCUGUGGGAAAGGAAGCAAGUAUCGCUCUGUUUACUGCAUGUCUAAAGACGGAAAAGAAGUAGAGGAAGAGAAUUGUAAACAUCUGGAAAGACCUAAAACACAUAAACGAUGCCGAGGAGGUAGAUGUCCUAAAUGGAAAACGGGAGACUGGACUCAGUGCUCAGCCUUAUGUGGAAGUGGAAUUCAGCAACGAGAAGUCUUCUGCCAGAUCGCAAACCACAGUAUUGAAGAUUCUCACUGCAGUCAAUCUACAAAACCUGUUUCAGUUCAACGCUGUCAAACAGGCGAAUGUUUGCAUUAUAGCUGGCAUGUAGAAGAAUGGGAGAAAUCUCUUUUCACUCCCAGCACCUGGAAUCAAUUAAACAGUCCAUUGUGGCAGGCUGUGCUCAAUGUGUCACAUUGCUUUGUUAAAGAAUUCCAGACUGCAAGCAAAUUCAUCCGUGCUCUGAACAUUUGCAACAUUUCACAGGCAUAUUUCCAAGGACAGUCUUAAAAACAACCAUGGCCACGAAUUACUCUUUUUUUUCCUGGAAAUUUGUAUUAAUCUAUUACAGAUGUGAAAUGCUUGUAUGGCAACAUUCUUAGUGGAAUUGUUGCAUUUCUGCCCUACUUAUUUGAAAAAAGUGACAUCCGUAUCUAAAUAUUAUUAACUAUAAAGUGAAUAAGUAAAAAAAAUGUUAUGUUCAUAUUGUAUAAAACUAAUGUUUUUGGUGAUGGAAAGAGCACCAGACUUGAGUUGAACCACAGUGUAAGAAAUUUCCAAUGGAUUCAUGCUUAAUCUGUAAGGAAUGAUGUAUAGGACUGUGCUUUAAAAAUUUUAGAAAUGGCACUAAGAUCAGAGUAGCCUGACAUGUAAUGUGAUUCUCAGAAUGUUUUUAAUUUGACCAUACUUACAGUCUCUUAAGGAACA